UGCAUCGCCAUGAACUUGUCAUUGCCGCUGGGCGCGUAUAUAAGCAUGACAGAAGCAUCGAUCCUAACUUGGCAGAAGCAUCGAUCCUAACUUGUCAUUGAGAUCUACAAUCCCAGAAAGUGUACAUUUUACAGGGCUCGUUUUAGCACAUACCAACAAGGAAGAAUGGAGUCAUCACACAAGCUUUUCUCAGCCGUUGCCAUCCUCCUCCUCCUCGUUGUCGCCACCGAGGUGGCGCCAGCGCAGGCGCGAGAGUGUGAGGUAGAGAGCGAGCGGUUCAACGGGCUGUGCUUCGUUUCCGCAAACUGCGCCGGUGUGUGCGGUGCGGAGGGGUUCACCGGCGGCAAGUGCUCUGGCUUGAAGAGGAGCUGCAUGUGCACCAAGCAGUGCUAGACAAUAUCACGAUAUACAUACUUGCGUGGAUGGAUGGCGACAAUUAUGCACCCAUUCUUUGCAUGGUUUGAAUUAUCUUUCUCGUACAUCUGAUAAAAUUACAGGUUCUCUGUGACGUUUUCCUUGAGUUCGAAUGAAGGAAAAUGUUUUGUUUCUUUAAGCAACGAAAAUCUGUGGCCCAUGAGAGUGUUCAUGGGAUCACAUGUAUCUCCCAUUUUUUAAUGCUUUUGUAUCUUUCUCUUGUUUAUUAUAUAUAUAGAAGUUGCUGGGACUAGCAGUUUGA